UCUGUGUGCGUGUGACUGAUGUUCAUUUUGUUCUUAUGGGAUUAGAUAGAAGAGCAGGAAUGUGUCUUAUCACUGAACAGACAGGUAUAAGAGCUCUCCUGACAGAGCGACACAAUAACCUGGCGACAGAUAAAAUGUGAAGGAUUCUCGUUUACCAAGCAAUUAUAUGAAGAGAAAAAGGUUUCCAGUCAACAAUCCACAUUGUUAGAGGCUGACCAGAGAAGAAAAACUAAUUUAAAACGGAGAGAAGAGACACUCAUCUGGAUUUAUCAUGUCCAUCAAGCUUCCUAAGAGGCUGAGCAGCAAAAAGAAAAAACCUCCAAAGGACAAUGCCCAGGUAGCGUUUUUAAAUAACCUGGGCCUGGAGGCCUUCUGGACUACUCCACUGGACCCAGCGUCUAUGUUAGACAUCAGUACUUGGACUCUGGAGAACCAAGCUCCUCUAGAGCCCAAGGAUCUACCAAAUGCUUUCCUCCAGCGCCUUUGGCUGCUUAGGCCAGAUGCCCGGAGUCCUUCCUGCAAAUCUCCACAUGAUGUUGUGGACAAUGCCAACAAGUCACCUGAGGAGAUGAUCAAUGGUUUUGGAGAAGAAAGCCAGUGUGCCAUUAACCCCCUUGAUCUAGUUACAGCUGUCUUUAUGUCUGCCAACACCUUCCUUCAGCAGGAGAUGACAGUGCGCAUGGUGCAAUGCCAGUUUGCUGUACCCCUAGUCCUUCCAAACAUAAAUCCAGAAGAACCCAGUCGCUUCCUUCUUUGGCCUUUGAGAGGCGUUGUGAGCCAAUGGAGGUCUCACUUUUCAGAUAAUAACAGGAAGGUCUACGAGGGGGAUUUGGCAAGUACAUACAUGCCAAUGGUUUCUUGUGUGAAGCUUGGUCACUGUGGUGUCUCCAAGUCAAUGGUGCUAAACAAUGUUAUAAGUGGACUCAGAUCUCCCAGGGAAACAUUUCUCCACAGAGAGAUGGAUGGAGGACAGCUGCCCCGAAGACUCUCCAAUGGCCUAGUAGAGAUUGGAUGGUAUCUACCCACUGGAGACACUUCCAAAGAUAUUUUCCCUGUCCCUGUGGUCAUCUCUAACCUACGUGGUGAUGCCAGUACACAUGACAAAAACCUCAGCCUUCUAUGUCAAACGUCUUCAAUUGUGGUUGUUUUCUGUGGGAAUCUUAGGGAGAAAGAAAAACAACUUCUUGCUUCCUGCAAAGAUAUGGCAAGUAAUCUCAUACUGAUUGACCUAUCAGACACUGAGAAAAAUGAGAACAGAGUUGUGGGGUUUGUUGAUCAGAACCUUGAAGAAGACAUGGGGCUUCCCGGAGGAUCAGUGCUACAAGGGAGAACUUUGAGUGAAAAGGAACUGGCUAACAGGCUGUGUGACACCCUGAAAGAUCUUUUUCCAGAUAAACUGAAACUUGUUACACUUGAGGGAGUAGCAAAAUUAGCAGAGGAACUAGGCUUUAAUGUGGAUGAGGGGGCAGUCUGUAAAAAGGCGAUGGCCACAGUGGAGGAAGUAUUGAAAGGUUUAGACGAAGGAUCUGCUCAAUUUAGGGAGAAACAGCUUCCUUUGCAAGGGCCUUUGUGGAGCAAACUGGCCAAAAUAGAAAAGGAAGAGAGAAAACAGAGAAAAGAAGGAAAAGAAAUCAACCCCCAACUGCAAAAAGAAAAGAAAGACAUCUUGGUAGAGUUGAGCAGCUACAAAAUGACCCCAGCGAUGAAGAUUUUCACAGAUGCGCUUUGCACAACAGAUAAAGUGGAGAGGACUUGUUUCCUUAGUUGGAUGAAGCUGAAGCUUCAGCUGAUGCAAACUGAAAAACAAAACAGUCCACAAGAUCUAUUCACAAACCUGCAGACAGAAAAGAAAGAUGGCAUGCCUGAACAUUCUGAUGAGCUUGAAAAUGGAGCCAAUGACGACCUAUGGGAUAGUGAUAGUUUCUGCACAGAUUCAACAUUUGAAGAGGAACAAACUGAAGAGCAGCCUGUAAAUACUGAACUACAAAUUUCUGAGCAACGGUUUGAGAUAGGCCAAGAGUUAGAGCAUGUUUUGCAGAAGUCUACAGAAAAGACCAUAGAACCACAGUCACAACAGAAAGAACAUCUUGUCACUACACAUGAUCUAGUCAUAGAGCAGCAGUUAUCUAUGACGUCAAAUGAAAAAGAGAGUCAAGGUGAAGAAAUUACUGAAAAUGGAACCUUGAGCUGCCAAGGGAAACAGUGGGAUGAACGAGAGCUGACACCAGCUAAGUCAGAUUUGACUUCCUCUGCCAAACAACAAAUGUGCCUAGAUGUUUCCUUUGAACAUCAAGUAGCCUCAUGUUCCCAGCCUUUUGAACGUGAUCUGCCAUUGCUGGGGCUUGAGCACUUUUUGCGUGAGAUGGGCCUAAUUUUUGAGCUAACACACAUCAGCCCUGGCAGUGGGAGCCACAAUGUGUUGCGUCUCCCUAGCUUAGCUACAGACCUUCUUCUCUAUGGGAUUCCACUUGAACUAAUGGAUGGAGAUGCCUCAAACAUCCCCAUCCACUGGCUGGGCUGCGUCUUUGCAGAGCUCAAACGCCGCCUACCGCAAGAACAGUGCAGGACCCGAGUGCUGACCAACCUUGGAGUACAUCAGGCAAGGAAUGCUGAGGUUCUUUCUGCUUUAUUUGGGGUGAAAUUUCCUGAAGGAAGGAAAAGAUCCACUAGAGGGGUGUACAUGGUCGUCCUGUGUCUCCCAGAUAACCUUAGAAAGGACAUGGAGUGUGAUUUUCUGUUAUUAAUUGAUGUAGAAGGUCUCUGCUCAAUGUCUCUAGACAACAAAAGAAAUACGCUGAUCCACGACAAUGAGAUGGCCACUGUUGCAACAGGAUUGAGUGAUGUUUUAAUGCAGAACAUCUCUUCACAUGCGGGUACUGAGUUUGAAACUAACUUCACUGUCAUAGUCAAUGCUCUCCUACGCAUCAAAGAAUGUGGCCCCAUUCCCAUUUGCCAACUCCUGGCCGAAGAUGAAGGAAUAAACAGCGUAUUACAAGCCUCACAGUUGAGGCGUGUGUCUGAGAUGCUUCAGACUGAGACUGGGGACAGAGGAACUAACAAUUCUGAUAACUGUUAUGCAAAGACCACAAGCUGUAUCACCUGUGUCAAAGGACCUUGGUACAAUAUGUCCCUUUCUGAACCAAUUGAUAUGCAGUAUAGUAAGGAUCUGUUAAAGCUUAAGCAAAACCUGUUUGAUGCAGUGAAGAAGUGUGCAGCUAAGUCUGAAGCCACAGGUCUGCCUGAAUUUAUGAGUCGUUUGUGUGCUGUUUGGGAUGCAGUGAGGGCAGAAUCAUUCUCCAUUGGUCUUCAAAAUACUGACAUAGCUUUAGCAUUCUCUUUAAUGUGUACAGAGCUUUCCCAGUGGCAGAAUAGUUUUCUGAAAUGCAUGGAAAGCUGGCUUAUGGGGGCAACAAAGAAAAUCUUUGCCACAAAGGCAAAGGCUUUAGACGCUGCAAUCCAAAAUGACCUUCUGAGUGAGUUGAAAGGUGAAGCCAGAGAGGAAGUCAAAACAGAGGUGGACAAACUCAGGUCAAAAGCAGAGGCCUAUCUGAUGAAAGAUGACCUCAAAAUGAACACAUUCAAGCCAAUCCUAAUGAGCAAUAUGGAUGACCUCCAAGAGCGAGUAACUGAAGAUAUGAUGCAAAGGUUGGAGACAGUAAACGAAAGCCAUUGUUCUUCCACACAGUUGAAAAAAUUUGAGACAUUACUGGAAAAAGAACAGGAAUCCAAGCUACAUGCACUUGUAGAGACCAGCAAGUCAACUAAAGUUCUCCUUCAAGAUACAGAUCUAGAAGAGGAGUUUGAGGGUGUGUGGAGUAAGACGUUGUCCAACUUUGACUUCAGGCCUUCAGAAACAGAUGAUAUUACUGCAAGAGUGACCGAUAUUCUGAAAGAGAAUCUAAUCAUCCGCGGACUCCAGAAACACAUGAAAAAACUUGAAGUCAUCGGCCAAACCCAGACAUCUAGCUUCCAAGUUUAUGAUGAGCACUUUGGAUACCGCAGCAGAUUAAAGCACAUGUUUGAAGACAACAACAGACUACAGAGAUUAGAAGCUCAACAGGCAGCAUGCAAUAUCAUAGAUGAAUACAAUCAGUUUGUAGCAAAUAAAUCUAGCUCACCAGCAGAUUUCUCUGACAGCUACAUUACAGAACUGUUAGAAAAUGUUGAAAAAGCUUUAAAGGAAAAACCAAUGGAAAUCAAAUCAGCUUUUGAAGUUGAUCUGAAGGUUUAUCUCUGUAGCGCUGCAUGCCAAGAUUUCCAAAAACUACAUGACCGCUAUUCCAAGGACAGAGAGCUUUUGACAUGUAUCACUGCGACCAAGAGUACGUACUUAGCUGAGUUUAUCUACCGGUUCAGGAAGAGAGACCAGUGCCAGAGGGUGGCUCUAGCAUUCACCUCCAUGAUUGUCAAACCGACAGUGUUGGACUACAUCUAUAGACCACUGGGGAUGCGUAUUGUUAAAGAGAUCCAAGGUCAAGCCAAGCAGUAUCAGUCCCAACGUGCUUUUCACCAAAGCUUGCUGGAAGAGCUGAUAAAGGAAGACAGCUUUGAAAGCUUACUGGAAUAUUUGCUUCACUAUGACAACUUCAGACUGAGGAAGAUCCAGGAGACAGUGGUGGCUCACCUCUCUGAAUCAAACAACUUGGAAAAAUGGAGGCUACAGAGACUUGGAGAAAUUGUGGGAAAGAUUGCGGCAGCAGUUAGCCAAACGGCAGAAGGUACCAAUGGAGUGCUGAGUGAUACAAAGCCACUGCUGGAGAGAAUGUGCCUCACUUUAGAGAAAGAUGGAGAUGUGGUUGUCACCAGGGCCGCUCUGGAUGGACCUCUCUUUAGUAUCACUACAGAAUGGGAUCGCUUUGUCACAUAUCUAAUGGAGUUCCUGGCUGCAAUGCGAUUGGACCUUGCCCAGGAGUUCUCCCAAAAUGUGGAUAUCACCCAACUUCUUCAGUGCCUUCCAAUUCAGCCCCAGGACUCCCUCUUCAAUAGACUGAGAGGCUGUGACAAGCAUUGUCCUCUCUGCAGAGCCCCCUGUGAGCUGGAGGAUAUGGGGCAUGAGGUUCACAGGGCUCUGCUCCACAGGCCCAAAGGCAUGUUGCCCCAUGACUCAGGCUCUCGGUCCUGUAUCAGUUGGCCUGAAAGCAUGACUGAGGGCAACCCAGGCCAGAGCAAGGACACACACGACAUGUCUGUGGCAUGCAGGCACCUCCAUUCCCUCUACCCAGACUGGAGCGUCUCCCCUGAGGACCCAAACAACCAGAUGCCCAAUGAGUACUGGAGGUAUGUGUUGGCGAGGUUCAAUGAGAGGUUUGCAAAGGAGUACAAGAAGGAGCCAGCAAAGAUUCCUGAGGAGUGGAAGAAGAUCACUGAGGAUGAGGCAUUGUACAGUCUGAAAGAGGCCUUCGUCACAGGACAGUGCUGACUGCCCUGUGCUGUAUGCUGUCUUUAUCAUAAUACAUGGCAUGCAGUCAAGUUCAAGUUCAAUCUGGUUUUGAAGUCUUUCACAAUUAUCAAACAUGUUGAUGAUAAUGGUAAUAAUGGACAGAAAGUUAAUCAAAUGGACCAUUCAUUCAAAACAAUGAUAAUGGUAACUGAUUUGUUUUUGUUAUUUGUUUUUUCUUUUUAUCAUUUACUUAAUAAGAUAGUGUCCUUUCUGUAAAAUAUAUUGUAGGUGUUGCCUCCUUAUUAUGUAACUUUCCUCCACUGUUUCCUGAUCUGACAAGACAAUGUGAAAAAUUGUAAAGAUAUUACCAUGCAUUCAAAACCAACCAAUGACAAAAACCUGUGAAAUUAAAAUAAAAAUUGUUUGCCUUUUAAACAUGUGUCAUUUAAAAGGAAUAUGAAUGUAUUGGGAUUUGGGGAAGAGCAGAAAUAUCAAAUAAUUCAGAAUCAAUACAUCAAAUGUUUUGUCUCAUCUUUUUGUCACUAUUUAUCCAACAGUGAUUUACAGUAUGUAAAUUCCACUUGUUCUGUGUUUUGAAAUGACUAACUACAGGUAUGUAGUUAUACUAAUUGUAGAGUAUAUGCAUAAUUGUUAUCCUUUUGUUUUAUAUGCAGACAUACAGGUUAUGAUGCCACAUUUUAACUACAAAGAUGUUCCAUUAUUCAAGUGAAACAAACAUUAUAAAAAAUUAAGCAAAGGAUUAAAAUGACA